AUGGCGACGCUUCAUCAGUAUGAUUACAUUUUUGCCCUGACUGUUUUAUUUGCUUGCCUCGAUGCUUGGAACAUUGGCGCCAACGAUGUGGCCAACUCUUUCGGAACGUCGGUCUCUUCGAGAUCUCUCACCAUGAAACAGGCAAUGCUCGUAGCAGCAGUCUGUGAAUUUAGUGGAAGUGUAUCCGUAGGGUCUCGAGUAGCAGAUACCAUCCGCACAAAGAUUGUCGACCCUCACCACUACGACAGCUCACCUGGUGUUUUGCUCCUGGUCAUGAUGUGUACCAUUGUAUCAUCAUCGCUCUUCCUCACUUUCGCGACCCGUCAAGGACUUCCUGUUUCGACGACACAUUCUCUCAUUGGCGGUUUAGUCGGUGCAGCCACAGCUUCGAUCGGUAUUAAAAAGGUUAGUUGGGGAUGGCAUGGGAUUUCGCAGAUUUUCGCAGCUUGGGUCAUUGCGCCUUUGAUCGCCGGAUGUUUCGGAUACUUGCUGUUUCUUUGCACGAAGAAAUUCAUCUUGAUGAAAAGGACAGCUGUGAAGAGGGCUUUCUUUUCCAUCCCGUUUUACACUUAUCUCACGGUCGGCGCGCUCACGAUGCUUUUGGUCUGGAAGGGGAUUCACGUAAUUGACUUGUCACCGCGGGAUACAGUCAUUGCUAUAUUUGCGACAGCCACCGGGAUGACUUUUCUCCAGGCUGUGUUUCUACUACCGUUUCUAUGGACGAGGAUUAUGCAUGAGGACUGGACUCUCAAAUGGUACCAUGUCUUUCAAGGACCGAUGCUUCUGUGGCGAUCACCACCUCCACCCACACCGAUUGGCUUUACGAAACCGAGUAUCAGGGACUACUACCAAGGACACCUCACUCGCGAGGAACUCAACUACAUACGGACCUCUGAGACUCUUCUCCAAUCUAUCCAGACACCAAAUGGCGAGUUACCGGAUCUCGAUCGAGACGACGAAUGGAUCCUCCCUCCACCAGCACAAACACCACCCAAGACUCCACCGAAUCGAUUCGAACGACGACCUUCUUCGGAACUUGUACCUCCUCGUCCUGAAGGUGAAUGGAGUAGUCCCCGCGUCUUGGCAUGGAAGGUUAAUCGUGUGCUACUUCGCGGUCUGGAGAAGGAUGUCGUGGCGAUGCAGAAGCGAAACAACAUUCUUAACUGGGACUUGGAGGAUAUGCACGCCCGAUCAGCCCAUUACGACAACCGUGCAGAAUACAUGUACUCAGCCCUUCAAGUCCUCACCGCUGCAACAGCUUCUUUCGUCCAUGGCGCAAACGACGUCAGCAACGCAGUGGCGCCCUUUACAACAGCAUACCAAGUCUGGUCCAGCGGUGGAAUCCCAGAGUACGUCGAGAUCCCCAUCUGGAUUCUCGCGGCCAAGAAGAAGUUUCGCCAAGUCUGCUCAAUCUGUGGAAAAGCGAACCAUGCUGCUAAUGUCUAUCGCAACAAGCCUGGCAACGUCACUAUCGUCUCUGGCGGCUCUGCUUUUCUUCCUCCUCGACCUGUCCUUGACAUGGUUGGCAAGAAGAGCAAGAAGGAUGAGGACAUGGAAAUGAAGAAUUAA